UAAUGUAUCAGUUUGGUUUGGUAAACGAAUUGUAGGAAAUAGUGUUAUUUCUUUCGAGAAAUUAGGUAUUAUAUAACUAAUCAUUUUCAUGUGUGAAAAUCGUACAUCUUCCAGAUUUUCGGUGAGCUUCAAAUUUUCAGAAUGACCUUUUUGGUGCUACACCGCCAAAGCAGCUCUGUUUUAAUGCUUUUUAACGACCUUAGUUUAAAUGCUCGUCUCGUUAUUUCAAACCAAACAGUGCAACACAUGUAAUAGGCUAACAGAACUUUUGUUUACUCCUAUUAAACUGUUACCGAUUUUCGUAUGAUAAUGCUUGUGUCGGGACACUUUGAUAAAGGUGCUAUUUUUCGUUGUCAAGCACGGGGCAGCAUAUGACUCUGCUUGUCGUUUAUCUUGUAAACUCCAAAAAGCUUUUGUGAUUGGACUUUUUUUUUGCAUAAUCAUGACAGACAUGCGAUACGAUUGAAGAGAUCAACUCACGUUACUUUGCAGAUAGUGACGCGCACGUUACACGUACAGCCCACUGUUGAUGGAUGUGCCAAUAUAUAAUCGUUACAAGAUGAAGUAGCUCAUGUGUUGUCGGACGGACCUAAUGCCAUACAAUCCCAGCCUUACGCUAACCAAAUCUUUCCGAGAUAGUCGGCGUUAAACAUAUGGAAAUCGCGUCGUCUCGUAGCCGUUUUAAUGUAGGUGAUUCCGCCUACAAAAGUCUAGCACCGACAGUCGUCGCACAGAUGCUAUAAAAAGUUUCCAGAGAAAAUUUACUUUUCUUAGUACUUAUACGUUGAAAAAUAUUUCGGUUGGGCUACGUAAAUAAAUGGCGUCCAUUACUCUCAGACCUGACACUGAAAGUCUGGGGGCAAUAGCUGGUCAAUCCAGCCCAACGACAGCAAAAAAAGCUCGUAUCAAAUUUACCCCUUACCGAAAUAAUACACCUGUUGAGGAGCUCCGACGAAAACAAUUAGAGCUACAAUCGCCUGACCAUCUAAAUGCUGUGAUGCUAUUAUCUUCUUCAAUAAACAGUGAAGCUGACCGUGGUAAUUGUAAAGAUAUUGUUCUUCCAUAUCUCCAAGAUAUCCAAGAUGGAGCCGCGAAACGAAUUUGCCAUAAAAAGAAAGAGAGUUUAAAGUCCAGCACGGCUGAACACCAUGACGCAAAACAUACACCAAUCACCGUGACCACCAGCAACGGACCUUCAGAUACGUCAGAUAGCUUCUCUCGGCUAAAACCUGAAAAGAAGCAUUAUUUACAUUUACCUUACUCAAGGAAUAGCAUAUUAGAUCUUUACCGGUGGCAGUGUGCUCGCAAAGAAAAAAUACGACUUAUGGCAAGACGGAAACGAAAAGAAAAUGCGCAAACAGAUUCUGGUGCCUUAAUUCAAAUCGAAUCGGACGUAAAUUCUCAUAGAGAAAGCAAUGUUCGGACUACCCAAGACAGACUGCCAUCAACGGAGCGAGCUGAUGCAAUCAUUCAAGCCCCUGCUUCGAGAAAUCUGUUUAUAGCGAAUACCUUUGGUACACACGAUACCAACGUUAAUCGCACUAACCUUGUCAUCAAUGGGACUUUUAGGAGAAAGGAUGUUAAAGUUACAUCGGUUGAGUCAUCACCAGCUGAAACACCCAAGCCUCGAUCCGUGAAGUCCCCUUCUUUUGCGAUGACGACCCAACCCCAGUAUGGCACCUCGUGUUCCUAUCAGCUGUCGGCCUAUAAAUUAUCUUGCACCCGAAACCGAGAGAAGCCAAAGAAGUUGAAGAGCGUCGCGCUACAACGUGAAGUCUAUGACGGUAAACUUGUAACUUAUUCAAAAGCGUUGAAACCUCAGCCAGUUUCACCGUUGAAAGUCGCGCGAGUCAUCACGUAUAAGCCGGCUAUAGCAGCUGCUAGUAACAAAGGAAAUUCUGAGUCUGGAGCUAAAACAGGUCCACAGGCAGGAGAAGUAGACAGGUCAGACAGGGAAACCCCUGUUCAGGCACAAACUGCACGGGAAAGUCAGAAUUCGCAACAGAAUCGAGCGAUUGACCUUCCCAAAUAUUCGGUAGAGGACGAUUGCGUUCAAAAGGUGAUGGCUACUAAGAAGAAGCAAGAUAUAAGUGAUGUAUCGCUAAGCGAUACACCUCCUUGUCUGAAGAAAUUAUCGAGUAAUUUCAUCCCCCCCGAAGUGCUCACAGCAAUAACAACUAAAUCGGCAAUUGAUGGUCAUAAGAUGAACAUUGCAGACUUACGUAGCAAAACUUUGAUUGAAACGCAAGGCAAACCUUAUGGAGCUAAUUUGGCUGAGGGAAUUGUCCCGAAAGACUCGGCUGCAUUUACAAGCCCAACAGUUAACCCACGGCUACAUUUAGAGAAUAAAAAAGCAACGCGCUGUAUUUCCGUAAGCUGGUCACAGAAGGCGGAGGAACCCGUUGUCAGCCCUACUAUUAGUCAAUCAUCCCCGACGAAGGCACCAAACAUUUUCGUCUCCCCAACGUCCAUUGGAAGUCAUUUUCGUCCGCUGAUUAUAAGCAAUAAUCGAACUAUACUUCUUAAUGAGGCCACUGUUUCCAAUCUAACGAGCAGCCAGCCUUUACCUAUAGCCAACGUUCAGCAGGGUUCUACAUCUUACAGAAGACCGGUACUUAUCUCGACCUCACGUCCACCAUCAGUUGAGACCUCAAGCGAGCUUUACGCGGGAAUUUUGAGUGGCAGCACUACAAUUUUUUCCUCAAUUGGGGAACAAAUAAUAGUGAAUCCGCCACCAACCGUUGCAACUUACGUGCCUUCCAUAGCAACACUAUUACCAGCCAUAGGAUUAACUGAUCUGGCUCGAAGCUGUGUCCUCUUACCGGUUUCGAAUUGUCCAAAUGCGACAACCUCAGACGCGCCAGGCAAUCCGGUGCCAUUGUUUUCGACACAGAUAAUCCAGAGCUCUCCUUCCCCCAACUGUGCGCAGUCCGUGCAGCAUUCGUCAGUUCCGCUUAACUCUUCAGAGAAAGUCGACCAGACCAUAUAUCAUUUCCCACACGGUUAUUCCCUGUGAAAAGCUACGACAAAUACUGUAGAUAACUUACAAGCUUAAUAUGCCAAGCUAUGAUCAGUUAUACAAGAUGAAUACAGAAUUAUAGGACGCAAAAAAAAGCGCCGUAGUGAUACCAGUCGAUAUUAAGUUGAAUAAUUUAUUGUUCUCCUAGGUAUUACAUGGUAAACCUAUUGGUAAUAAAAAUGACAUGAAGGUCAGCGGUGCCUGUUGUAGCAAUGAUGAUUAGAAACUUCUUUCAACACUGUUGUUUUGCCUGGCGAAACGCGACUCAAAUGCAAACGGCGUUGUUCAAGCUAAAUGAUCUAAUAUGUAACAAUGUAAAUAGUUGCAAGGCGUGUAGAAUCGAAAAAGGCGUAGAUCGAUAUCAUGGAUCAAAAUUUGUGGUAUCAGUCGUAAUUGAGGUGCGAACAGACGCCCAGAACACAAUCAAAUCAAAUAGAAAUAUAUGGUCCUCAAUUCAGAUAUAUUGUUUUUCUUUUCUGCAUACAUCAGACGAUGAUACUUUCGUCUAUUAUCUCUUACCUAAAUAAUAAAAGAUAAAAUGCAAUAAAGC